AUGGCACAAAACAUCAAAUACUUUAUACUUACUGGUGACCCGGGUGUUGGCAAAACUACUAUGAUUAAAAAAAUAUAUUCAUUACUAAGCUCUAAAGGCGUGAAAACUGUGGGCUUCAUCACUGAAGAAGUGAGACAAAAUAGAGUUCGAGAAGGGUUUGAUAUUGUUUCAUUAGAUGGAGAUAGAGGAAGACUGGCUAGAGACCAAACCAUACUUCCUAGUCCUGUAAAGUUUUCAGUUGGAAAAUAUGGUGUUUUAGUCCAAGAAUUUGAAAAUAUUGCAUUACCAUCUUUAAAAAAGACUGAUGAUUCUUCUGUGUUAGUGAUAGAUGAAAUUGGGAAAAUGGAGUUCUUCAGUCAAAGUUUUAAAUCCAGAAUAAAAGAAAUCUUUAGUUCACAAUCUAAAAAUAUUGUGUUAGCUACAAUACCUGUAAGAAAAAGUGACCCUCUUAUAGAAUCGAUAAGAAAUAAUAACAGAGCGAAAAUCUGGAUGAUUACUAGAGAGAAUAGAAAUCAUAUUCAUGAAGAAAUUUUAAAUGAAAUGAUGACUGUAAUGAAAUUA